UCUAACUAAUCGCUUAAUGAAACUGUGGAACCUGUUCUAGAGCGAGAUCUAACAAUUUUUUUUCUAACAGAAUGUAAUUGGGUUUAAAAUAUGGUGUCGUGAAACAGAGAUAAUUGUUUUCAGGAGCGUCAUGGCAUUGUAAAAGAUGCGUCGACCAGAGGUAUAGAGUGGCGGCGGCCGAAAACCGGGCAUUGAAACGGACAGAUCUGUUUAGAUUUAAGGGAGGUCAGCAGAGGAGACAGCAGCAAGAACUAACACCACCUUGCGAUACUGCCUCCACAACGUCGUCAACAGCAUCAGAAGCUGGAAAAGAUCAAAAUGAAAACCACUGUUAUUGUGGAGAGAAAAGUGAUUGGUUGGCUCAGGUAGUAUUGCUUUAUCAUUCUUCUCACAUAGAACACAAAGACAGAAUUCUUUACAUAUGCGGCAUGGAACACUUUCAGAUGUUGUUGUGCUGUCGAUGUACACGGUGGUUCCACCAAAGAUGUGUGUCAAGUUUGCAAUAUCCGUUGUAUGCUGGUGAUAAGCUGUAUAUAUUCGCGUGCGCGGAAUGCAACGGCGGCAAUGAGUACUUGCGGCGUUUGGAGUUGUGCUGGCUGGAUCUAGCACAUCUAGCGCUGUACAAUCUUACCGCUUACAACGCACCGAAUUAUUUCGACUUGGACAACGUUAUCAUGCCCUACAUCAUGGACAACUGGCACGCUCUGCAAUUACCUGAAAAGAUGUGGCGAACUCCUGUGAACGAGAGGCGUGAGAAGAUCUUGACAGCGCUAACAUCGUCCCGUAAACGUUUCAAAUGCGGCAGAGAGAUGAAGAAGAGAGCUACAAUAUGGGGGCUGCGUUUACGGCGGCCGCCACCCACUCCUUUACAACUCUCCGCUUUAGAACAGAUAAAGAAAAGAGAACCUUUGACUGAUGAAUUGGUUAGAACAUAUGCGCCAAAACUCCGCUUUCUACCACGUCCACCGUCGCCUCCAGCUCAACCCAUCGUAGAUGACAGUUUACAACCUUCUAGCAGUAACACCGAUAAAAGUUCCUAUAAAAAUCACAAUCAACGUAUGAUAGUACCGGUUGAUGGUCACUGGCUCAAUCUAAUGAUGGGCAAACGGUUUCAUGAAAAUCUUAACUCUAAUUCAAACUCGGAGAAUGAUUCCACUAGUUCCUACGAGUCUGUCAAACCUACUGAAAACGAUGAGCAAUGCUCUCCUACAGUGUGUACGUCAUCUAAUAGAAAAUCCGAUGCCAAAGAAAUAGAAAGUAUGACUGUUAUAAACGAAAGUGAAACUAAUGAAGCUAAAUCCACCUGUGAAAAUCCCCCAGUGCCAUUAUUCAACACGUCCUUAGUUCCAUGUACUGUAGAAUUAGACAAUAUAUCCAAAGAGAAUAUUGAAAAAACUAAUAUUUGCCCAGUGAACACUAGCAAUUUUAGUGUAAAUACCCACACAACAAGAAUAGCCACUAUGAACCUAGAAGUAUCUAAGUUGUCUACAAAAAACAUUAUCGAACAUUCCAAAAUAAUGUCGUUACAGCAUAUGGAUAGGUUACCACCUUAUAGCAAUUUUCAUGAAAUAGAAUCGUCAGGUGAUGAAACGUCUAGUAGAGGCACACUAGAUGCUAUUAUACCGCCGUUAAAAGACUUUCAAGGUAAAAAUAAUCCGUUCUUAAUGCAAAAUACAUAUCCAACAAAGAAUUUUACAUCUAACUUAAAUGCAUGUAGUAAAAAUAAAUUGAAUGGUAAACAGCAUGUCCAUUCACGAUUGUCGCUACCAGUACCACUGAAUCCAAUGAUGGGACCCAUGGUGCGACCUAUGAAACGAAAACUUAGUGAAAAAGAUAUCGUAAUAUUACCGAAUGGCGAAGUAAAAAGAAGGAAAUACAGGAGGCCUAGAAAAUAUUUACAAAUGCAGUUGAAUAAAUCGUGUCCACUGCCCGAUGACACAAAUAAGACUGCCCAAACGCAAAACGAAAACGUGGAUAUCGCCCCGCCCACUGCACACAACAAUGUAAAAUUUCACGGAAGAAGACUGAGACAGAGGCAAGAGAAAAAUUACUACGAAAACGCAAGACGCAACACGAACAAUAGUGCAAACAAUAAUAAUAGCGUCAAGAGUCUUCAGCUGAGUCCCCAUAAAGGAAACAGCAAUGUAACUGAAGUAGAUGCUGAACAAUUAUCAGCCUUAAAGUCUAGAGUACAGUCUUAUUUCCGUGCGGGGCAGACAUUCCGUGUUUUAGCUCGUCGCCUCGCACCUAACACGCCUCCUGCCUACCUUAUAGAGUGGGAUUCGAACACGUCUUAGGAAGGGUGUUGUAACAUGAAUUUAUUUAAAAUAUACAUACAUAUAAUGUAAUAAUAAUAUAUAUAUAUAUAUAUAUAUAUAUAUAAGCGCUUGUUUGUAGUCUUAAUUUAGUUGUACAGAUCGAGGAAUGUGAUAUAUUAUAAUUCCAACUGGAUUACAUUGUUUUAUUUUGUUCAAUAGUUAUUUUUAUUUUUUUACUUUAGCAAGACAAUACUUAUACACCGUAAUAUUAAUUUUUUUUCUCUGUAGAGAACCAUAAUUGAGCCUAUGUGGUAUCGGCAUAAUGUGUACCAUUUUUAUUAUUAUACGCACAAUUCAUGUACCUUUUAUUAUAUAGGAAUCUAUUAGUGCGCGACAGCAUGGUGGUACUGUGACAGAGUAUCAAACAAAAUCACCUAACAACGAUUCGGGAAUUUGCGGAACUUGUACUUUUAUAUAUUUAUUUUAUACUUAUCAC